AUCCGUGUCGUGCAGCUUGACUGUGUCAUGUCACUGUGAUCCGGUCCUCAGAGGGAGCUCGAUCCAGCAGCUCUGCCUGUCGGUGUGGACAGAGAGGGAGUCAGAUGUGUUAACCGUGUAUCAGCCGGUGAACAGGCCGCUCAGCAUCCAUCAGAGCGGGACUGCUGCCCGCCCCGGAGCCCGCUGAGGACAACCACAGACCGGCUACCCUUCUGUCUCCCCUCCCCCCUGAUUCUACCUGUUUAGAGCUUCGUUCUGCUGAGAUGGAUAACCUAAGUGAAGCCCUGGAGAAGCUGAAGUUAGCGUCUUCAGACAGCGCCACAGACAGCGUGGAGAGCUGCCUGGACUGCCUGCUGAAAGCGCUCGCCAACAACAACACUGAGGCCAGCAUGAAGCUCCAGGAGAUGGCGGUCCUCCCCCUGCUCCCUGGUCUGCUAAAUCCCCAGUCCUCCUGCACCCCCAAAGUAGCCAACAUCAUAGCGGAGGUGGCCAAAAACGAGUUAAUGCGGAGUUCCUGCGUUGAAGCCGGCCUCAUCCCACCUCUCAUUCAGCUGUUAAACUCCGCCGACCAGGAGGUUUUACUGCAGACCGGCAGAGCUCUUGGCAACAUCUGUUACGACAGCCAUGAGGGCAGGAGUGCAGUUGACCUGGCAGGAGGGGCUCAGAUAGUAGCUGAACACAUUAAGUCCCUCUACCAAAAUACUGAGCCGGAAAAUGAGAAGCUCUUGACUGUCUUUUGUGGCAUGCUGAUGAACUAUAGCAAUGAUAAUGAUUCCCUACAAGCCCAGCUGAUCAACAUGGGAGUGAUUCCCACUCUAGUAAAGCUGCUCGGCAUCCACUCCCACAACACAGCCCUGACAGAAAUGUGUCUAAUUGCCUUUGGGAAUCUGGCGGAGCUCGAGUCGAGCAAAGAGCAGUUUGCCUCCACCAACAUCGCAGAGGAGCUGGUUCGUCUCUUCCAAAAGCAGACCGAACACGAGAAGAAGGAAAUGAUCUUUGAGGUUCUGGCUCCUCUGGCAGAAAACGAUGUGAUAAAGCUGCAGCUGGUGGAGGCCGGCCUGGUGGAGUGUCUCCUGCAGGUGGUGGCUCAGACAGUGGACGGAGAGCGGGAGGAGGACAUCGCCCAGCUGAAGACCGCCUCGGACCUCAUGGUUCUCCUGCUGCUGGGAGAUGAGUCCAUGCAGAAGCUGUUUGAAGGAGGGAAAGGCAGCGUCUUCCAGAGAGUUCUGUCCUGGAUCCCGUCUCACAACCAUCAGCUGCAGCUAGCCGGGGCCCUCGCCAUCGCCAACUUUGCUCGCAAUGAUGGAAACUGCAUCCACAUGGUGGACACUGGUAUCGUGCAGAAGCUUCUGGAGUUGUUGGAUCGACACGUUGAAGAAGGAAACGUCACAGUCCAGCAUGCAGCACUGAGCGCCCUGAGGAACCUGGCCAUACCUGUGGUGAACAAAUCCAAGAUGCUCUCAGCUGGCGUGGCAGACGUGGUGUUGAAGUUCUUACAGUCAGAGAUGCCUCCAGUCCAGUUCAAACUGCUCGGGACGUUACGUAUGCUCAUCGACACACAGGCUGAAGCAGCAGACCAGUUGGGAACCAAUGGGAAGCUGGUGGAGCGGUUAGUGGAGUGGUGUGAAGCCAAAGAUCACGCAGGAGUGAUGGGCGAGUCCAACAGACUCCUGUCUGCUCUCAUCCGACACAGCAAGUCAAAGGAAGUGGUCAGAACAGUCAUCCAGGGAGGAGGCGUCAAGCACUUAGUCACCAUGGCAACCAGUGAGCAUAUGAUAAUGCAGAAUGAAGCGCUGGUGGCUCUGGGACUCAUCGCAGGACUGGAUCUGGUUGCAGCAGAGAAGGACUUUGUGGGAGCCAGUCUGGUGUCAGUGCUUCACAAACUGCUGUCAGACGAGAGGAGCGCUCCAGAGAUCAAAUACAACUCCAUGAUUCUCAUCUGUGCUGUCAUGGGAUCAGAGCCCCUCCAUAAAGAAGUCCAGAGCCUGGAGUUCAUCGACGUGGUGUCCAAGCUGCGUGCGCACGAAAACAAAACGGUAUCACACCAGGCGUCGCUCACAGAGCAGCGGUUAACUGCCCAGAGCUAAAUGACUGUGUCAAACCCCGCCCACCUCCACACACCCUUCACCCCGCCCAAUGCCUGCCUGACCUAAAGACCACCCGACGACACCUCAUGAUGCUCCCCCCUCCCUGUGCCCCAUCGUCAUGUGCCAAGGUACCAUGUCGCGUUAACUGCCAGCCAGACAUACGGUCAUGUCUCCGCCCCCAAAUCAUCUGCCCCGCCCACCUCCACCAGGGUCAGACUUAAGCCCCGCCUACCGCCACCAGGGUCAGACUGAUGUUCUGAGUAUUUGACUUAUGAAUAGCCUUCACAACUGUUUUUAGACCUCUGUCAGACGCCAAAACUCUCCUGAAAGCCAUAACAUUGAGAUUUAUUAAAGCAGUGGAGCGGCUCCAUGGAGCGGGGCAAGGCAGGUGUAGUUUCAGGUGUUAACCCUUUAGAGCCUGGGAGAACUUUAAACUGGACUGAGGAGGGAAAAGCUUGUUUCAGGGUGGGAUCCUCGAAAAACAGAGACAAAUAACAGCCCAAACUUCCCUGAGUCUUACAUGUAAUAAAAUCAAACAAAGACUGUUAGGAAGUAGGUUUAAUUUUGGAGACUUGUAAGAGAUAGAAAAGGGUUUACAUGUAGAAUAUAAAAUAUAUAUAAUUAUAUAUAUAUCUUGUGAAAACAGCGUCUGUCUCUGGCCGUGGCCUCCAGGUAGAUAUCUUGUUUACUGAGCUGAUUAUUUGAUUUGAUAUGAAGCUUUAAACGCUUUUCAACAUGCACAACAGGUCAAAAGAGUAUGUCUACCUGUAGCAGAGCUAGCUCUAGCAGCCUUUAAAUUUACCUUAAAGUCAAGAAAACACUAAGAGUCUCACCUGUGCUCGUUUACAUCCAGGUAGUAGAGCUUUAGAGCAUUAGGGCAGCAGACAUCAACCAGAAAUACAGCUCCAGCUAGUGGAGAGAGGCUGAAAUUGAGUUGAUGAAACCUGCUCAUCUUUUGUUGAUAUUAGAAGUCAGGUAUCGGCCACACUAUUAUGUACAUCUGAGUCAGUAUCAACCUUGAUUUUCACAUCUGUGCGUCUCUGUUUUCUGGUUCCAGUCUCUGAUUCCAGCUCAAAGUUUCUUCCUUCCUCUCUGCGCUCUGAGACAACGGGCAGUUUUUCAAACGUCAGGCUCUCUGGGGUCUAAAGGGUUAACCCGCUCUGAAACUCUGUCUGCGGGGACGUUUCUCAGACGUGGACACCAUUAACUCCCACGCUUUCUUUCAAAGUCACCUCCGUCAGUCUGACCCUGGUGCCCUCCUCUACUUGUGCAUGCAUCUUCUGCUACAAGUAGCUCCUCGGAGCUGAGGCGCCAUAAACAGCCAAACGCAAUAGAUAAGAGACGACACUCUUUACGACCAUAGCUGUGAUACCAUCCGCCGGUAAAACAAAAAAAAACACCCACCAGUGUAAAAUGUGCACAAAAGAACAAAAAAACUUCCUGUCGUGAUUUUUCUUUCAUUUUUAAGAAAAGCAGCCAUCCAUGAUGUGCCCAGUCGUGUCCCAUGUAGCUCGAGUGUAAAUUGACUAGAAACUGUGCAUGUUUUAGUCCUGUUCAAGGUGUGACCGUGUUCAUCUGACCUCUCAGCCGCUCACAUUCUCCACCGUCGUCCGUCACACACACCUCCGGUCGAGCACACUCCUUUUUUGCACUUGUUCCUCGAGAUCUGGAGAUUUUAUCAAAGUUUGUAACUCCACAGAUGUUCAGACGCUCACACACCUGUACAGCGACGACAGAGGCUCCGCAAGCCUCCUCGACAUCACCAAGAGAACCACGUUAAGACCAGAGUCUGUAAGUGAGGUCCGGCUCAGAUCCCAGACUCAGAGCAGAGGAAGAAGUCCUGAGGAGUUGUCAGAAGUUGCAGAAGCUGAGAGAGAGAGUUUAGAAAUAAAACCACAAGGUGCAGAAAGUAUGACGUCGUCUGAAGAAGAAACGUCUCUCCAGGAAUCAUGAAAUCUAGAAAGUUAAAGACGAUUCAGGAGAUAUUUCUUCCUCAGACUGAAUCACGUUUAUAAAUCUGAUUUUUGCUGAUCACAGUCUUGUUUGUUUCACAGUCGAGAGCAUUUAAAGUACGGAGAAGAUUAUUCUUUCAUAUUUUCUUGAUGGUAAGGACGAGGUGGCAUGAAGAGCAAAGAAGAACAAUAUAUAAAAUAGUUAUGAAUGAGAGUUUGGCUUUGUUCAGGCUGCAGGAAAAUCUGAUUUAAAGAGGGACUGUCGCCACUGUUUCUAAACAAUCAGGCGUCGGGCUUGACCUCGGAGCAGGAUGUGUCGUUAUCUUUGAGUCUUUAAGGACUACUCACCUCCUGCAGAGCUUCUACAUCAAACAGCCUGCAGGAAAUUCAUAAAAAGAAGAAGACGUCCACAUCCGUGCAGCUCGUGUUUCCAGGCGUAAUGUGCUCACACUACAAAAGCAAUGAACCUGUUUCCUCCCUGCACGCUGCAGAGCACGUCGUCCAUCUAAUCACUCUUUAUCUGGAUCUUUGAUGGACAUUUGUUUUGCUCUCUCUGUGAACAGAUCUCAAACAAUGAUCCCGCUGAAGCUGCACCUAAAAUGCGUCAAAACCUUUGCGUACGACAUUCAAAGCAGCCUAGGAAAAGACGCUGAAAAAGCUGCGAAUACAUUCGUAAAAAACAAAGAUUACCUCCUCAAAUUAUUCGGACUGGAUUGUUAUCAGAGGACGUCUGUGUCCUCAAAUAUGAGAGGUAGAAUUUUUACUUCCUGGUCAAACACACAGGCUUAAAAAAUCAGAUGAUCUCUGAAAUGAUUACAAACUAUUAGGGGUCCUCAGGUUACAUUAAUCCUGUGUGAAUACAGUUUACGACUAGAACUUUUGAGACAUAAUCUGAGCCCCAAUCUUCAAUCUGAUAGUUUAAAACGGCAUGCUCAUGUCUGUUUUUGCAGAAGAGUGUCAGAGCGAGGUGUGACAGAAACGUGACGAGGUAGAGUAGAAUCGAACCAUCGAGGUGAAGUCGAGUUCUCAGAUUAAGAAACAGGGUUUAAAGAGUCAGAGGGGAAGAUCACUUUUCUUUUUAUAUAUUCAGAUUAAGUCAGAUUAUAAUUAUCGCCCUCUGAUUUUUUUAAAGCCUGGCACAGAAUCUGAAAGCUCAACUUUACUCUCAAUUCUAUUUAACAAAUUUAAAAUAUUUUCCUGUCUCAUUUUUUUGACACUCCUCUCCGUCAGACCUCCUGAAAAUAAUCUGGAUACUCUGGAUCUAAAACGCCCAAACACAAGUCUUCAGUCUGAACAAAGCCAAAGAUUUUAUAAAGUGAGUGGUCGUUUCUGAAAAUCAGAGCCCCGUUGGCUCCAGAGAGAAGAGAGAGAGAGUAACACACAGCCUCCGUCGUCCCUCCGUGUGUGUUCAGUGUGUGUGUAUCAUCGUAUCGCUCGAAGUCGAGAGUCUGGGAUCUUACGAGAACGCUUCGACAGUCACUGCAGUCACCUCCACAUCAGCACAGCGCCCCCCAGAGGACAAACCCUCCCUCCGUUCUAAUCAAAGGGGUGUGUGCUCCUCUCAGCAUGUCACACUCUGUUACACACACACAAACACACACACACGCACACACUCAGACAUGCUGUGGUCCUGCUUUCUUUUUUAAAGGUAUGAAUGGUUAUUUAUCAGAUCUGUGCUCUUUACAGACACAUGCCAGUGGAGAUGUAUCCAUAGUAACUGCGUAAAAUACAAAUAUAAACUUAAAUGUUUGUUGUAAAUGUCAUGAGUUGUACAUUUGGAGGAUUGUAACUCAGCAGAAUAUUAAAAGAUGAUAGCUGGUCA